AAUUACAAGGGUCUCUCUGAGACAAGUCAUCAUUGAAACCACAAGCACCCCACAAAAACCCUUCUCUCUAUCUCUCUUUACAUAUCAACUUCUGUGUAUAUAUAUAUUAGUCAUAUCUUUAACCCCAGCACUACUAGAAACCCAGAAAACAAAAGCUCUUUCUUUAGAGAACAAUGGGUGAAAGAGAUGAUGGGUUGGGUCUGAGUCUAAGCUUGGGAAAUAGUCAACAAAAAGAACCAUCUCUGAGGUUGAAUCUUAUGCCGUUGACAACUUCUUCUUCUUCUUCGUUUCAACACAUGCACAAUCAGAAUAAUAAUAGCCAUCCCCAGAAGAUUCAUCACAACUCUUGGACUCAUCUGUUUCAAUCUUCUGGAAUUAAACGUACAACUGCAGAGAGAAACUCUGACGCCGGGUCUUUUCUAAGAGGUUUCAACGUGAGCAGAGCUCCGUCUGCGGUGGCGGUGGUGGACUUGGAAGAAGAAGCCGCCGUUGUCUCGUCUCCGAACAGCACCGUCUCGAGUCUGAGUGGGAAUAAGAGGGAUCUUGCGGUGGCAAGAGGAGGAGAUGAAAACGAGGCGGAGAGAGCUUCUUGCUCACGUGGAGGGGGAAGCGGUGGAAGUGACGAUGAAGAGGGCGGAAACGGCGACGGAUCAAGGAAGAAACUCCGGUUAUCGAAGGAACAAGCUCUUGUUCUCGAGGAGACUUUUAAAGAACAUAGCACUCUUAAUCCGAAGCAAAAGCUGGCUCUAGCAAAACAGUUGAAUCUAAGGGCAAGACAAGUGGAAGUGUGGUUUCAGAACCGAAGGGCAAGGACGAAGCUGAAACAAACGGAGGUUGAUUGUGAGUAUUUGAAGAGAUGUUGCGAUAGUCUGACGGAGGAGAAUCGACGGUUGCAGAAAGAAGUGUCGGAGCUGAGAGCGUUGAAGUUGUCUCCACAUCUCUACAUGCAUAUGACUCCGCCUACUACUCUCACCAUGUGCCCUUCUUGCGAACGUGUCUCCUCCUCUGCCGCCACUGUGACGGCUGCUCCUCCUACUACUCCUACGGUGGUGGGGCGGCCAAGUCCACAGCGGUUAACUCCGUGGACUACUAUUUCUCUCCAGCAAAAAUCAGGUCGCUAGGGAAGGAGUAUCUUCGGUAGUUUUAGCUUAGAAUAAAGAUAUAACAAAAAAGGUUCAAUUUGAGGCUCUAACUGUUAAUUUUGUAAAAGACUGUUUGACAAUAUGAAAAGAAUUGCAAGAAGCAGGCUUUUACGGAAAUGGUUAUAAAA